CAGCCAUCUACCCUGACGCGCGCCUGAGUACUGAAACAAGCUCAACUCCAUGGAGGCUUCACGCAAGCUCUUCGCGGCCGCCCUCCUCGUCGUGCUGCUGCUCGCGGCCACCGAGGAGUUGGGAGGUCCGGUGGUGAUGGCGGAGGCGAGGACGUGCCAGUCGCAGAGCCACCGGUUCAGGGGGCCCUGCGUGCGCCGCUCCAACUGCGCCAACGUCUGCAGGACCGAGGGCUUCCCCGACGGCAAGUGCCGCGGCUUCAGGCGCCGCUGCUUCUGCACCACCCACUGCCACCACCACUGAUACCACGAUUAACCUCUACGUACCUCCGUCGCCGCCGGCCGGCCGGCCCUUUCAUGCCUGCGUCGUCCCUCCACUUUUGUGUGUUGUCCGUCAUUCUGUGUGUCCACGAAUAAAUCUCAGCUUGUCUCUCG